ACAUAGGGGUGGAGGUAGUGUCUGAUAGAGUCCUUUCUGUGGGAGGAAUGUGUGGGAAAAUCCACUUGGGAAAGGAUUUAACAUAUUUUCACUGCUUGGGUAUAGAGAUACUUGAGAUUGUUUAAGAAGCUGAUAAUGUUGUCCAUCAGAACAAGAGAAGACAUUUGACCCCAAAUAAAGCCUUAUAUUGCAAAGAGGAGUGGAGAUCCUGAGUAAUAACCACACCCAUCAUGACCAGAGCAAAAGACACACUGCCUAGUAUACCCAGUGACCUGUGUGGAGGAGAAAGCAGGAGUGAUCGGCUCUUGACUAUAGGUGAUAGGGAUUCCUAGAACUGAGGACUUUGCAUUACUUUCUGGAUCUGGUGGGGCCAAGAGCUUGUGUAAAGUUGGUUUUAGAGGACAAAAAAAAAAAAAAAUCAAAUGGCUGUGUUUUCCACUAUUUUUUAAAAAGUGCUUUUGAAGACCUGAUGGAGUUAAUGAAACAAUUGCUUGCAUAUUAUUUCUGCUGAGACACACACUAUCUAAUUUAUCUUAUCUUGAUUGUGAGAGCCUGUGCCCUUAUGCUUUCUCAGAGAUACUUGGUCCACUGACCUGCAGGAGAAGCACAGGAUUUUUUAGCUCUCUUGGCAGAAAAAUGAAGCCUCUGCUUGGAACCUUUUAUAUCUUGGGGAUGCUGGUUCCUGGAGGGCUGGGAUAUGAUAGAUCCCUGGCACAACACAGACAAGAAGUUGUGGAUGAGACAGUGAGUCCACGGAGGAGCCUGGAGACAUAUUCCUAUAACAGAUACCACCCCAUGGAGGAGGUCUAUCAGUGGAUGAGUCAGAUAAGGGAGAAGUACACAGAAGUGGUGACACAGCAUUUCCUAGGAAUGACCUACGAGAGCCGGCCCAUGUAUUGUCUGAAGAUCAGCCAACCAUCCGAUAACCCCAAGAAGAUUAUUUGGAUGGACUGUGGAAUUCAUGCCAGGGAAUGGAUUGCUCCUGCUUUUUGCCAGUGGUUUGUGAAAGAAAUUCUGCAAAACUAUAAAGACAACUCAAGGAUAAGACGGCUCCUUAAGAACCUGGACUUCUAUGUUCUUCCAGUUCUUAACAUAGAUGGUUACAUCUAUUCUUGGACAACUGAUCGGCUUUGGAGGAAAUCCCGUUCGUCCCAUAAUAAUGGCACAUGUUUUGGGACAGAUCUCAAUCGAAAUUUCAAUGCAUCCUGGUGUAGUAUCGGCGCAUCUCACAACUGCCAAGAAUUAACAUUCUGUGGGACAGGACCCGUGUCUGAACCAGAGACAAAAGCUGUUUCCAGCUUUAUAGAGAGCAAGAAGGAGAACAUUGUGUGCUUCCUGACCAUGCACUCUUAUGGGCAGCUCAUCCUCCUGCCUUAUGGCUAUACCACAAAUAAACCAAGUAACCACGAAGAACUGAUCCAAGUUGGACAGAAGGCAGCAAAUGCAUUGAAAGCAAAGCAUGGAACCAAUUAUAGAGUUGGAUCGAGUGCAGAUAUUUUAUAUGCCACGUCAGGGUCUUCAAGAGACUGGGCCUGGGAUAUCGGGAUCCCCUUCUCAUACACGUUUGAGCUGAGGGACAAUGGUACCUAUGGUUUUGUUCUGCCAGAAGCUCAGAUUCAGGCUACCUGCGAGGAAGCCAUGGAGGCUGUGCUUUCAGUCCUGGAUGACGUAUAUGAGAAAUACUGGCACUCAAACAGCGCUGAAAAGGCAACAUCUACUGCUGUGGUGCUGAGCUUGCUAAUGUCCUUCAUGUCUCUUCUCUAAGCGCAUCCUCUCCAGGGCCGCUCAGCCCCAGUGAUGUGGACAGGACCACACGGAAGGUGUUUGUGGUUAUGGUGGAGCCAAAUAACUUAACUACAAAUACUUCCUGUUUCAAUAAAGAGGAAUCAUCUUUGUA